GUUCCAAUGCAGGUUUUCAUUAUGCGCGGAUGAAUACAUAAUGGAGACGUACAGAUGAAGUCUAAGUAUACUUUAUAAAAACAUCACAUAUACUAUAUCCAUUAAAGAGAAUGUCUAGUGUAUUAAAACGUAGUAUGGACAGAGAAGGCUCUCCUUUGAGUAAGAGGUCUAGGUCUGGUUAUGAGCAUGAUAUGUUACGUGAGCGUCUAAGUCCUCCUGACUUCGAUAGACGCGACAGCCACAGUCGAAAAUACGAUCCUCGCGAUGUACCCCCAUUACCACCAGGAUAUCGAUCAGAAUUCCUUGUUCAUGAUGGUCCACCACCUCCAAGACAAUAUGACACUAGAGGUCCACCCCUUAGUGGUCCAUAUCAAGUUCCUCCUAGGUGGCCACCAGAAAACAAUGAUUAUAGAUCACUCUACAUCAGUGGAAUUCCUAGCAAAGUACCUGACCAAAUAUUAAGAGAUUGCCUUAUUGAUAAUUACAAACGAUUCGGCGAAAUGAAUGUUAAAAUAACUAUGUCCAAUGACCAGAGAGUUGCAUAUCUUAAUUUUAGAUACCCAGAAGAUGCAAGAGAAGCUUUAGUGAAAGGUGUUAAAUUCUUAUUUGAUAGAGAAUUGAAGAUAAACCCAGUAUUUAACAAGAGACGCAAUCUCAGCCCCAGUCGCAACGUUCCACCACCAGCUGGAGCUUCAAGACCUCCUUCUGAGCCCUUUUAUAAUCGUCAUUCACCACCACCCUAUGACAGAAGGCUACCACCAAUGGAUGUACUUCCUUAUGGAAGGGAUGAUUAUAGACCUCCUCCUCCUGGCAGUUUGCCACCUGAUAGUGAAAGGAAAAGUGAGAAGUUUCCAUAUCAUUUAGAUCAUGUUGACCCAGAGUAUGAUGAUAAGGCCACAAGGACUUUAUUUGUUGGAAAUCUUGAUGUCAAUAUAACUGAUUUUGAUUUACGGAACAUUUUUGGAAAAUUUGGAAUGGUCGAAGAUGUUGACAUAAAACGUCCUAUUCGAAAUACAGGGAAUGCUUUUGCAUUCAUUAAAUACAUCAAUCUUGAUUGUGCGCAUAGGGCAAAGGUUGAGAUGUCUGGAAAAUACAUAGGCAGGUUUCAAUGCAAGAUAGGGUAUGGAAAAGUUACCCCCACUACUGUCGUAUGGGUUGGAGGACUUGGACCAUGGGUGACAGUUGAAACGCUGGAGAGAGAAUUUGACAGAUUUGGUGCUAUUCAACAUAUCGAAUGGCCAAGAAACAAAAACUUUGCUUAUGUUGUCUAUGACAGUAUAGAUGCAGCUCAGGCUGCUUGUCAGCAGAUGCGGGGAUAUCCUCUCGGUGGCCCAGACCGUCGUUUGCGCUUAGAUUUUGGUGAAAAAGAACACAUUAGCCGCAGCCACAGCCUACCUGAUUACCAUUAUCCUCCUCCCACUAAAGAUCGUGCUUAUGCUCCUCCACCGGAACGACCACCAGUUCCUUGGCGGGAAGGACUACAUGGGCUACCAGAUGGUCCAGAGCGACAACGCUAUGAAGAUUGGCAGAGAGACAGCAGGGAGUACCGUGGACCCCUACCAGACCCUUAUAGAGAAGAAGGACGACGACAUGAUGACUAUCAUUAUGAAAGGCGUAGGGAUCGCACACCAGAAUAUGUGAAAGGACCAUAUCAUGUAGGUGCUCCGCGAUCACCUGAAAGAACAAGAGACUAUCGAGAUGAUCGUGGUCCUCCCAGGGAGGAGGAAAGGCGUUUGUCAGAAAGAAGAGAGCAUCGAGCACCUAGCCCUAAUGGUGAUUUUAUUGAUAAUCAGUGUCGCACUUUGGCAGAUUUAGCCAAAAUGCUCCCUGUUGCAUGGAAUGGUGCACUUAUUUUGAAAAGCUCUGCCUUUGCCACUCGUAUGCAUGUAGUUGGUGGUGAUGUGACAUUAGUGGACACUCUUAUGCGAGACCCAACAUCAACAGAAUCACCUGUAUUGAAAAUAACACAGCGUCUGCGUCUUGACCAACCAAAGUUAGAUGAUGUGGGUCGUCGUAUUCAAGCUGCAGGUCCUCGUGGUCACUGUAUCUUACUAGCAAUGCCAAGUUCUCUUGCAAACUAUGAGGAUAAUGCCGCAUCAAUUCAACAGCGGCCUUUAAAAAAUCUUGUAACAUAUCUGAAGCAAAAGGAAGCUGCUGGGGUCAUUUCUUUACCUCCUAUUCCAAUUUCAGGCAGAAAAGAUGUUGGUGUUCUUCAUGCUUUUCCUCCUUGCGACUUUGGUUUCAAUUUUUUGAGAAUCCGAGCGCCUAAAUUAUCUCCAGAGACCACUAAGGAAGAUUAUCUUGUUGUUGUUGUCGUUAAUGGCGCAGCUUGAUUUGUAAACAUUCAUUUUUUAAAAAUAAUCAUACCUUUUUUUUUCUUUUUAAAUAGUGUUCGAACUAAUAUAGGCCUCCCAAUUUAUUUCUCUAUCAUUUAUUUUUAUAUAAUAAUCCAAUUGGCAUGAAAUUCAACAUCCCUGUUCUAAAGUUACCAAAUCUUGUUAGUUAGUCCUAUCUAUAUAUUUUGAUCAAACAACCUACUGGUACUUAUAUUUUAACUUGAUAGUGUAGAAACUUUCCUGUUUAAAAAAAGUUGUAAUCUAUGUUGCAUUGUUGCUGAUUUUCUUUAGCUUCAAAGAAAAUUAAAUGUAAUUGUAAAUAGUAACAAGUAAAAGGUAAAAUCUUCAUUUUUAAAGAUUGUUUUUUUAAAUAUUUUUUCUACUGUCAGAUAGAUCAACAUGCAAAACCUUUAGAGUCAUUUGCAUUAUUAUUUUUUUCUAAAAAGAUAUUCUUGAUGGUAAUAUUGUUUUACAUUUAAUGGUAAUGUAUUUGUCAGUAAUGAAAAUGAAUGUAAAUAACUAAUUUUAGCAAGUGAAUCUUCUUAUUUCAUUGAAGAGACACCAAUUUCUUUGAUGUUUUUAAACUGUAAUUAUUCAUAUGUUUGCAAGUUUAUAUACCAUUUAUGAUUUUUUGUGAAGAAAUUUAAAUCGAAUGUAGUCAUUUUUUAAAACUCUGUUGCUCUCCUGCUGCUGCACCUAUGUUAAGAGCUCAAGUAACAUACCAUGUAUAGACCUUUGUGCUUUGGCAAAUUGAACCAUAUUAUGUUAAUGUCCACACUUUUAGACAGGAACAAGAAAAAACUAUGGCUGUAUUGCAGUGGUUGUUAAGGUCAGCUCUAUGAUGUCCUUAUGAAGCUACUAGAACAAGAUACAGAAAUACAGUCAUUGCAGUUUCUGAAAAUGUCAAUGAAUAUUGUAAGUGAAAAAUUUCGAUCAAAUAUUAUAAAAAUAUAACUUCUUAGCUCUAGGCAAGGGGUAUUCAAAAUUACGACUCGCUGGUUAGAUCCCAUCUGCCAUGGGUCCUAAUCUGGCCACCGUAAUCAAAACUGGCUCACAGUGAUAAAUAUGGAACCAGAAAUUACUUAUAUAAUUUAAAAUCAUAAGCCGUACUUCCCUUUGAGAUACUAAGUUUGUUGGAUAUAUUCUCCCUUCAUUUUAAAUGAUUUUGUUUUUUCAAGACUGUUUUGUUUCACUACAAAUAUUUCAAAUAAGAUAUGUGCAUAGAAUUUGUUCAUAUUUUUUUCAAACCAUAGUCUGAAGACACUAAAACACUAAUCUGGCCCCUUGUUUAAAAAGUUUAACGACCCAUGGUAUAGGCAGUAAAUUUUCCACAAAAAAAAAACAUAAUUGAAAUCAAUUAAUGUUAUUAUCACCUUUUCUUUGUUGUUAGCCCACUACUGCUUCUCGUGCUGCAUACCGCAUUUUGCUGUAUUAUGCCUGUUAGGGCAACUAACGACCUUGAAGUGUUUAACGCGACAGCCAUUAUGAUCUCCCAUUAUAUUACAACUGCCUCUGUAGCAUUACCGUACUGUACCAUAACCGUACUGUACCAUAAUGAAAAAAGAUCAGUGGGAAUCACAAUUUUCAUUUAGAGAAGGCAACGCUAGAAAACUAGUUUUACUUUCGUCAUGUGUUUAAAAUUAUAUCAUUGUUAAUGUUUACAUUACAAUGUAAUGAACCAGCUGAAAUAUCUGACAGAUUUUUUUUGCCAUUACAAUCACUUCGGACUCAGAUGCUGACCCUUCUUAAUUAAUGGCUGCCUAAUUUAUUUUAAUAAUUUCUUAAUUAAAUAAAGUGAUUCUAUUGCUCAAACACUAAAUCACUAAAGUAAUGAGGGAAUAGAACUACCAGUUAAGUUAGUAAUGAAGGUCUUGGUAACCUUACAUAGUUCACUAAAUUCCAAAAUGUAUAACCUUAAGAUUCCUUCUCCAAUUUACUUUGAGAAUCUAUAUACUUCUUUGGCCCACUAGAAUCAUUUUGUUUUGGUGAUACAUAUUAUUAACAUUACUAUAAUUAUUUUGCAACACUUCAUUUCAACUUUAUUGGGUUUUUUUUCAGUAUUUGUUACCUGCCAAACAUUAGUCUGUUAUCAUGUAAGUAUGAGAAGCAUUUUCAAUAUUCAAUUAGUUUAUUCUAAUUUAUAUGUUAUCAUAAGCAUGUUUAUAUUAAGCACUGGUUGAAGCCAUUUUAUUGUAAUGAAAUGUGCUCUAGAUUCUAGAUCAGCUGUUUGAACCAGGGGAACCCUAAAAUUAGUCUUAAUUGUGAAAAAAUUCACAUUAAGAAAUUGAAAAAAAGUAUGAUGUGUUCCAUUGACACCAAAGGUCACAUUGAUCUAAAUGGAUUUAGACCUGCUACUUGAGAUAAUAUUUCCAGAGUUUAUCCUCAAAAGAUGCUAAAAGGGAGUGCUUGGUUUUUAAGAAGAAGAUAUAUUGGUACAAUGGACCGGGUAUAUUAAAUUUGGGGUUAAAAUUCACACACCCUUUUUCUAUUACUAUUACAGUUAAAAUAUUAAUUUGAAAUUGGUUUUUGCUUUAAUUUUAUAAUAGUUAUAUUCUUAAUUUAGUAGUAAUAGUUAUAAUAAAUGUUGCACUGCUUUUUGCAAUAAUUACCACAGAAUGCUAAUGAACAAAAUAAUUUUGUAUGUUUAUUUUAUACAUAAUGUACCGGUACUACUACUACUACUACUACUCAUGUAUACUGAGAUGUUAAGUUAGUUAUUAUAAACCUAAGACUAUGUUGUAUGUUAUGCAUGUGGAUAGAAGCUGGGACACGUCAUCGUUAAUUUUCUUUUAUUUUAGAAAUUUGGGAAAUUAUAUUUCAUUUGAUUAUUUAUAAGCCACUGUGUUGCAUUUAGAGCGAUUGUAGUCAUUAUGCAUAGCAAGAUUUUAAUAAGUAUUAAUAUGUCUGCAACUAUUUCUUUACAACUCUUGUCAUCUGCCUUGAGGCAUAUUCCCAAUUUACAAUGUUAGCUUAUAGCAUAGCAUUUUCAUCAGUGUAGUAGUAAUAAAAAACCUUAAACUUUAAAAAAAAAAAACAGUAAAAAUUAUAAAUGCUGAGCUCUUCCAUUAUGUCCCACUUCAAAAGAUUUUUGAACAAUUUUCACAGACAUUCUAAAGUCGUUACAGAAAAGUCAUUUUAGGUUUAAUUUUGUUGACAAACAUUGUUUUAAAGUUGUAAUUAAGCUGCCAUAAUUAUUAAAUUGAAAAGACCAUUUUAAUCUAAUAGUAAUCCUCCUCCUCAUGUCCCUUAGUCCUUGGACCGUUGGGGCGCCACAGAUGACAUGUGAACCAUCCUCCUCCAUUCCUCUCUGUCUUCAGCACUACGCACUGCAUCACCCAGUGUUCGUCCUGUCCACUCUUUGAUGUUAUCCUCCCAUCUUUUUCUUUGUCUUCCAACAGUUUUUAAGUUUUGACAUUUCUAAUUCAUUGAUGAAUCUUUUUUUAGUACUGUGAUUUUACAUGUGAAUAAUUAUUUUUUUAUUUUUCUCCGCAGAUGAAAAGUGGAAUUCUAAAUAACCUUUUGGUGAUGUGUGAAAUGAAUAUUGAAAUAGAACAAAGAAUUUCAUGGACUUGUGGUGUAUUUUCGUAAAUGCCAGCCUGGAUUCAAAAAGUAAUGGGUUUAAACAAAUCUCAGAUGUGUUAAGAAGUCUUUGAUACAAGUGAUUCCAACAAGAUGUAUGCGUACUUUUAAUGUGAAUGCUAUCAAUUUUGUCUGUGGUAAGUGCCAGCAGUGUUAAAACCUUUUAUGCGUUGUGUAGGCUUUUAUCAUGUGACUUCUUCUCUAAGUGUAUUUAAUUCUGUGACAAUACUGUGUAAUUCUUUUUAAAAAGUAGAUCAGAAUAAAUCCAUUUAGUGAUGUUUUAUGGCACUGUUAUAAAUAUUUUUAAAAUUUACUUUAAAAAAUAAGUGCUAAACAUUUAAAAUAUUCAUGAAUACAACACAUGAGUUGAUCAAAUUCAUAUAAACUAAGUUUCUUGGCAGUUCAGUUUGACUUUCAUUUAUACCGUAAAGAAAACUGGAAAAUUUAGACUAAUGAAAGGCUUAGAAAUAUAUUUCUUUAAUGUAAAAAUAUAAAGUAUAUGAAAUUAAUUUUGUGCAUGACGUAUUUAAUCUUGAGCAUCAUUGAUUUAUGAUACUGUGUGUAGGUGUGGUGGAACAAAUUUUCAUGACUUCGGUUCACCAUCAAAACCAAUGUGGGAAUAUUUCUAUUGUGUAUAGUUUCCCCAAUAUUCUAUUUUUUUAAGACCAAAAAACACGUUCCCAUUAAUAUUGUGUCUCUUUACAAUGAUUUUUAUUAUUAUUUGGACAAUUUAAUGUAUUUUCCCUUUUCCUUAUAUCUUAUAUAACUCAACUUCAGUAUUGUGGUGGUUUGUGUAUUCCUAGAAGUAUAGAACAAUAAACAUAUAUCUCCAAUGAUGAAUACAAAAUGGUUAUGUGUGUAAGAUGUGCUCUAGUAGGAAUCAAAUGAAUGUGUUGUGGUGCCGUAGUUCCAUUGCUAUUAUUACGCCAUUUCCAGGCCAACACGUGUUUUUAACGGGAAUCUUAUUUAAAAAGUGGUUGUACGUGGUGAAAGAUAGUGCCCUUAAGUUGAGAAAAUGUGCCAUUAAAUUGUGGUACUUAAUUAAACCUUGUGGUGGAUGAUAAAAACUAAUUUGUAGUAGGUUCACUUUUUUCAAACUGCAUGAAAAGUCCUGGAUGUGGAUUUCAGUGUCAAUUGGUGGUUUAUUUGUGAUCCUUGAACAUAUUCUAAUGGAUAUCUCAAAACUGAAGUGUAAUCCAGUACCAAAUAUAAGAAGAAACAGUGAACAUAGACAGAAAUUACGAUUCAGGAAACCUUCUUCAUAAGCCCCAAAUAGAAAUACUUUUAAAACUAACGAGGAAAUGAAAUGUCACUUGUACUAAAAGUGUAGUGAGACUUUUAGUGCUGUGAAAUAUUUUUUUUGUGAAAGCCAAUUGGAACACCUUGUUCACAUUUAACCUGAAAAUGUCUUUGGUGCUUUUCAUAUUCCCAUAAAAUACGAUGGGAUAUACUACUAACGUGUGCGCUUCCGUAUGUUCCACUUCAUGAACAGCAAUGGUUUGAACGUGGGAAACAGUGCUAUUUACUUCCACAAAGUCUGUGCAUCUCUUCUCUGUGAUAACUACUGCUCAAAGAUGUCGACAAUGAUCAUAUACCGGUAUUUCAAAUAAUGGCAGCAACGUUUUAUUUUAAAGGAACACUGGAAUUGUCACCCAAACACAAAUCUGUUGUGACAUUUGGCUGUGGUGUGUUCAACUCAAGUAUAUUUACAACUCGAGGACCAAUCUUACAGUAUUCCUAUUUAACAUUUUUUUUUUUUUAUUAAGGCCUCUUUACAGCCGUUUGAAAAAUAAAAGUGAGCUCUUCACUAAAAAAAAAAAAAAAAGUAGAUUUAAAAAAAUAAAAUUCAUAUACCGGUAUUUCAAAUAAUGGCAGCAACGUUUUAUUUUAAAGGAACACUGGAAUUGUCACCCAAACACAAAUCUGUUGUGACAUUUGGCUUUGGUGUGUUCAACUCAAGUAUAUUUACAACUCGAGGACCAAUCUUACAGUAUUCCUAUUUAACAUUUUUUUUUUUUAUUAAGGCCUCUUUACAGCCGUUUGAAAAAUAAAAGUGAGCUCUUCACUAAAGAAAAAAAAAAUAGUAGAUUUAAAAAAAUAAAACUAUUGAGUUUCUUAUUUAUUGUUACUGAUUUUAGACUUUCAACCAUUAGAAUUAGAUCAUCUCCAC